ACCCACCUUUUUACAGCAGCAUGUACCGAGCCCGAGCCAUUUCAUUUGUACAGCGAUCGCGACUUUGUAAUAACUCGUAUAUGCCGGUGAGCUGAGAUUCUUGUCUUUUGUUUGUAGAUUUUUGUUUCAACAUAACGAUACAAGACUGGCAUUGCAUAAGACUCGUAAACAAAAGUUUACGAGUCAAGCAUUCCCAUCCGUUCAUCUAAUUAUCCGUGAAAACUAGCGUGAUUUGCGAAAAACGAAAAAUAUUUAUCAGUGCUCGUGACAGGCCAUAAUAUUCACACUUGAUUCUUUAACAAUGUGUCAUUCGUCAAGAGGGAGACUCGCCGUUGAUUUGCUAGGCUUUGAGAUCGAAAACUUAUUCAUCAGUGAGCACUUCUCAUGGGCGUAUGAGGGUGAAGGCAGUCGAGACAGAUUUCAUUGUUGCAGCAUUCCAAAAUGCGGCAACUAUAAUAAACAAAGAGAAGAAGCCUCCUAUGUCCCAAAGAGCCUUAAAACCGAAACAAAUACAACCGUGGAAACCGCGGCCCAGCCGACUCCUUCAAAAAUAAACGAUGAAGAAAAAGCGUUGAAAAAAAAGCUCAAAAAAGAAAAGCAAAAGGAGAAAAAAAACAACGCUAAGCAAGCAAUGAAUAAAAUAACGGCUGAGUCCAACCCGACUUCCAAGAAGCCGACUUCGCUAGAAAGCAAUGAUGCGAAAAUUUGUGAACCGAUACCGACGGCGGCGACACCAACACCAACACUGACAAUCCCUAUCAUAACGGACAUGCAAGAAAAAGAAAACGAACUUCCCGCCGACAAUAAUAAUAAUAAUAAUAAUGACAAUUUGGAUACCGAGAAUGGCGAGCAAGGCGAUGAUAACGACAUAAAUUUUUUGAUUGACGCACCGGUAGUGCCCGCUUUCGUCCAGUCCACAAUUCUUGGUAAAAAUAAUACUAUUAAAAUGAUGAAAAAAACGGACGACAAAAAUAAGAACAAAGAAACGAAUUAUGUGUUCGGUCAAAAUAUCCCUGACGACAUUGAUGGUUUCACGAGUGUCAAAAAGGGUACUAAACAAGUGCCAGUAAAAUUCAAUAAAACACCAGAAGGUUUUGGCAUUGAGGCCCUAAAAAUGAUUAAAAAUGGCAUCUUUCCAAUGGCAAUUCAUUAUUUGUCAAGAGCUAUAGAUCUGGAUCCCAUAGAUACUCGUCAUUACAUAAAUCGUAGUUUUUGCUACCUUCGUACAGGUGACUAUGAAAAAGCUUUGGGAGACAUCAAAUUUGCCAGUGAACAUUUCACUGAUGUGGCGGAAUUGGCAAAAGCCAAAUGUAGGGAAGGACAAGCUUAUUGUGGCCUCGGGAAUUACCAAGCUGCUGAACUUGCUUUUGAAAAUUGUUUGAAACUAACACCAAAAUGUCCAUAUGCCAAACGAGAAUUGAGACGUAUGCAAGUGUGUCAAAUGGUCAGUAUGGGAUUCAACGAGCGCAAUGCAAUUUUGGCUCUUCAGAAAUGCCUAAACACAGCGGAUGCAAUAAAUUUAUUAUCAACAACCAUGUCAACAAAUGAGAGCUCGUACGACAGUACCGAAAGUGCAACCGAUGAUGAAAUUUAUCAAUCCGAUGAAGAAGAAGAGAUAAGCAAUGAGAGCCUCUUGUCCAAAACACUUAAUUACAAUCCAGAACUUCGAAAUGAAUCACGUCUUCCAGAAUCGAUGGCCACGAAACUAUCCCGUAUUCAACCGCCUCAACGAUCAGAAUCGGCAGAUCGUGAAUUAAAAGUAAUAAAAACAAUUACUCCGGUGGUGAAACCGGACCCAUCAAUCAACGAAAUGGCGAUAUGGGUUGGAAACCUGACAUCACAUGUGACUGAUGCUAUGCUAACUAAAAGAUUUGGAAAAUUCGGCAAAAUCACUUCAAUCCAUAGACCUAUGAAACAGAACUCUCCCAUUGUAUACUGUUUCAUCAACUUCCAAACGGCUGCCGCGUCGAAAAAGGCUCUUGAAGAAGCAAGUCUUAAUGGCGGGAACAUUGACCUGGACGGUUACCUUUUGUGUUUGAAACCCGCAACGGCGAAAUCAUAAAUCUGCUACUGAACGUAAUCGUUCGUUUUCUUAUUUUCAUACUGUUGGAUAUAAGAAAUUUUUUUUCACAAUUACGUAAGCAGGGAUCAUGGUUAGUUGUGUUGUGUAGUUGCGCCGGAGAUUUGUGACAGUUUUUUCUUCUUUCUUUUUUAAGAAACGUAUUACAUUUUGUAUUUUUUUACAUUUUAAAGUUUAUGUACAUGUUCAUGUUAACCUCACGACACAGUCCUCUCUGCCAUCAAGAUUCUUUUUCUCUCUCUGCUCUCGUUGUUCGUUCAAAUUUAAUUUUUAUAUGCUAGAUUCAAUAAACCAAAAAACUUAAAACAUAGAAAACAUGAUUCUUUGUAGUGUGGACAUGUUCCAUCUUGAGAUUCGUCCACGAGUCCAGCAAGCUAAACUUUGAAUAACACUUUGUCGAUGUAAAAUCGAACCAUAUAAACGAUAGAAAUCUUAAGCGAGAUAAAUGUAUAUUCUUAAAAAAAAAACAAAAUUUAAAAAAAUCAGCUUCGAUGCAUUCGUCCAUUUGAGUCCACAUGAUUUUAGAAAAUCUUGGCACGAUGCAGCAAAAAAAUAAAUUUUUAUUAAUGCUGACUUCAGGUAUGAAAAAACAUACGUGAAAAGAAGAAAAAAAAUCAAAUGAUAAGUCAAAGCAAGUCUACAAAAGAAAGCCGAUCGAUUUUCAUGGGAAUGGAAAAAAAAACGAUAAGGAAAAUUCGUAAUCAUGGAUGACUGUCAUUGCUUGUCCAGGUACAUCGAAUCAUUGCAUCGGCAAACUUAACUUUGGUCUUGUACGAAUCUUACACCUAAUGAAAUUAAAGGAUUAAUACAAACAAAAACGUAGUAGAAUAAUUUCAUUUCUCGGUUUAAUAUGUUGAAUUUUUGAUCCUGGAUAUACGAAAUUCCCAAAAUCAUUAUCUACGGGGCGCCAAAAGAAAAACGAUUGAAAAUUUUCAAAAAAUAGUUUCGUAACUUUAUAACAUUUUUUUUCUGUGCACCAACGUCGUCAUCAGUCUGAGAUUCUCAUUUCUUAUGUCUCAGGAACUGAGUUUAAUGAAAUGCUCGUUUUUCCUCAUUUCUAAGGUCAUCCUCGAAACGAGUAUAGCAAAUAUUUACACGUAAAGGCUUAUGGGAAAACAGUCAACAAACUGGUUAGCUUAUAAAACUGGAACUUUGAAUCGCACGAUAAGAAGUCAUCUGCUAAUUAUUUUUCAAAGGUCAUAAAUUUUUCAUAUUCUUGUUAGGCUUUUGCGGCUGCAACAAAUCGAAAGAAUCGAAAAGAGAAUGAGAGAGAAAUAGAACUUAAAAACUAACUAAAAAGGUCAUCGCAUCGCAAAUUUAUUUUUAAAGAUCUAGGAUCAAUCAAAGGUUUUUUCCCUGUAACGACGCAGAGUUGUUUUAGGAAUCCCGACCAUUGUGGCUCAGCGAAAGGUCGUUCAUGACAACUGCAAAAUUGUUGUGUCUUUAGUUCUUAGUCAUAUCCUUCCUAUAUUUUUGUUUCUCCAAUGCCAUCAAAAAUUAAAGUCAUCUGUACAAAAAAAAGUAUCGAAUGAAAAAACAUUGAGAGUAGUCAAGGUGAAAUCGAAUUUACACUCGAUUUCGGGAAUGUAAACAGUCAAAUUAUCCUUAAUCCUCAUCUUCAAAAGGUUAAAACGAAUAAGUGUAAUCAAAUUUUCUUAAGACAAAAACGUAAUCUCGAGUGUUAUGCGAUCAUAGGGAGUAAAAGUUUCAUCAGAUUAUUUCAACUUUCGGUUACUUUGACUUUUUUAAAUCAAGACCCUGCGAAUAUUUAUGCAUAACACAAAUAAAAUGGAAAAAAAUAUUGGCAUUCACCUCGUA